GCUCGCGGUAGACUGUUGCUGAAUGAAAAUAACAGAGGCCAUUUUGCGCACGAAGCCAAGACAUCAUUCACUAAUAACAAAAACGGAAACGGAGGCAGACCCGGUCCAUUUCUGGACUGACGCCGCUUCUCCAGAGUCGGUAGAGUUGGGACUGCGGCGCGUCUGGCGCAUGUAGUCGAGAAAGAAAGGCAGGCGGUAACUUAAUUGUGCCGCCUUCUCCUUGGAGUGUCUUUAAGGAGAGGGGACAGGUCAUUUUAACCGCAUUGCUGCCCCGAGGCCCAGUGACCCCCGAGAGAGAGGGAGUAUCCUUCAGUCAGGGUUGGCAACAUCCAUGCGCGUUGAAAAACAGGUGUACGGUUUCAUCACACGGUAGCUUCCCAGCGGCUGCAGCUCACCGUGUUUGUUUCUUUUGCGCUUGUCCGGGGACUUCACUCAUUUCAUAUGGAAAAGGCUGAUUAUUAGACGACAUGUUUCGGAGUGUGUCUACUGAGGUGGCAGCUGUGUUAAGCUGUUAAACGGGGUGAGAUCUGGGAAUUAAGCUUGACCAGGAGGAGAUACUCAUCCUGAGACAGAGAAGAAAAAGUGGAAGCCACGGGGACUUGGACUCACAGCGCCAUACGUGACUCUUCUUAGCACGUCUCCAGUCUUUUGGUUUUAUGACGGAAAGUGUGUGCCCCUGCUGUCAAUCAGUAAGAAGUGCUCUUCAAAAUGAAUACAGAUAGCGGAGGAUGUGCUCGCAAAAGCGUGGCCUUGUCACUCAUGCUCUCUCCCAUGAAGAGGGUCCAGAGCUCACCAAAUCUAGCCACAGGGAGUGAUUCUCACUCAUCAGACUUGGAUUCUUGGCGGUCCCGCAGUGCAACAGAUGGCCUUAAAAAUGGAGAUGCUAGCAGCUCAUCUCUUGCUGCCAAAGGCUUUCGCAGUGUCAGACCCAACCUGCAGGACAAAAAAUCACCCUCACAGGGGCCUCCCUCGCCUGACCCCACAGCACGGCACUCCCCCUAUCGCUACCACAGCUCAGAGUCACUUGACUACUUGUCAGGCCUAAUGCCCAAGGCCCUAUCACCCACUCCGUAUCUCCCGAGUGGAGCUGGUGGCAGAGGUGGUGGCACAGCUGGUGCGGCCAGCGGGCCGAGCAAUACCGCAGCCAGCAUUGUGAGCUGUGUGUCACCCUCGGCUUCCCCCGUGACUGUGUCAGCUCUCAGCCACUACUCGUCAUCCACGGCUGGUCUGCUGGACGAGCUGCAGAUCUGUAGCCUGGACUCACCUGUCGCCUCACCCACACCAUCGCCCACUCUGAGCCAUGUCUCUAUCUACACACCCACUGCUGGCCGUGAUGAUGCGCUAACAACCUUUGUGGCCUCCACUGCUGCAGCAGCCACUUUCACUAAUGGUCAAGUUCUUUCACAUGCUAUGAAUGGAAGUACUAGCCAUCCACACAGGCCACUGUCUCCUCCAGCUUAUCCUCCACCCCCUGUCUCACUCCACACUGGGCUUCAGAGACAGAGCAGGAGUUCAGAGGGCAGUGAAACAGUCACCAGAGAGUCUGUGGUGUCAGGCCAUACCAGCAUCAGCAGCACUGUGCCCAUUGCCCGUUUCUCAGAAGAAGAAAAGAAGGUGUCUGUCAUUAAAGCCCCCCAUUAUGAAGGCAUCGGCCCUGUUGAUGAGUCAGGCAUCCCUAUUGCCAUCCGUACGACGGUGGAUAGGCCUAAGGACUGGUACAAAACUAUGUUCAAGCAGAUUCACAAAGUUCACAAAGCAGACGAUGACUAUUCGGACACAUACAGUGCUUCAUACGCUCUCGUAAACAAUGAUAGCUACAGCCUGUCGUCCACCACCACCACCAUGGCCCACCCUGCCCCUCGGACACAUACAUACAGGCCUCUAUCCAAGAGCCCCUCAGACAACAACGGAGGGCAUCUGGGGCCUCGGGAGCCUUCACCAUCCCCCGUCCCCCCACCACCUCCGCCCAUGCCAUCCCUUCUCCAACUAAGGGCAAGAGACAGUGACCGCGAGAAGGAUCUGACAGACACUAACGAAUGGGGUCCUCCUGACCGAAAAGUGGAUACACGAAAGUACCGCGCAGAGCCCAAGAGUAUUUUUGAGUACGAGCCUGGGAAGUCCUCUAUCCUGGAGCACGAAAGACCAACCUAUGAUGACAUAGAUUUAGAGAACGAGCCUUGGUAUAAGUUCUUUUCCGAGCUGGAGUUUGGGCGGCCGCCUCCUAAAAAACGGCUGGAUUAUAAUCCAGACAUCUCCGCUCGCCAGCGCAUUGAGACAUCCCUCCACAUCACUCCUGCUGACAAGGCUCCAGAGAGACCUGCAAGUGCUGCCAGUGACUACAGGAAGAGAAGGAAGUCUGAGCCAUCGAGCUCCCAAGUGAAUGCCCAGUCUCACAGCCGAGCUGCAACUUCCCCUAAACCAGUGGAUGCCUACAGACCCAGCAGCAGCCUAAAGAAACCUGCCAUUCGUUCCUCACCAUCCUCACCCUCCAGAGCCAAAGGUGGGGACGCAUGCAGCAUGUAUUCAAACAGUCUGACCUCUCCAGGUCCUUAUCAGCAGCCCUUUGUUCCCCCAGUCCCUUCUGACCCUCUCAAUUCUAAUGAGGAUGGCAGCCAGGAAGGCAGCUCUUCCUCCAAGCAGUCUGUCUGUUGUAAGAACAGUUGGCAGACAAAACGGCAGAACGCUGAGACGUGGAGCAGUGCGGAGGAAGCACCACCUUCCCCUGCCAAGCUAAAGUCACGCAGUUGUGAUGACCUACUCAAUGAUGGGCAUUCUGGCUCAGGUGGAUGCAAUGCCACCCGCUCAGAAAGUGCUGGGUCACUGGUAUGCGAUGGAAAUCUGUCCACGGUAUCGUCCUCUACUCGUUCAUUACCCCGGGUCCAUCGACGAAGGGCACAUGAUUCACCGGGGUUUCUCCAGCUCUAUCGAAAGAUGCACCAGAUUGACCGAGCUCAGCUAAUCCCAUCUGAAGUCAUCCGGUCAGUCCGUGCUCGUAUUUUGGAUCUAGAGCGUCAGCCUCAUCUGCAUCGGCAUCGCCUCUCUCCUUGGACGCCCUCUUGGGGUGUGGAAGUGCCACGUGAUAUGGUGCCAAACCGCAUUUCUGAAUAUGAGCGUCUUAUUCAGAAGUCCAAAUCCAUGCCUAACUUGGGUGAUGGAGAGGUGCCUUCAGGCACCACCACACCAGGUGGGUCAUCAUCUCGUGCUAGCAGUGGUGGUGGUGGUACACCCAGUUAUCCAAAACGCCGUUUUUCUAUAGAGUCUUUACUCGAAGAAGACAACAAUGGCAAGAGUGGGACAGUACCUCAGACCAUGGAUCACUUACAUCGACCUCGAAGCCCCCCUGAGGGACAGCCUCGUGUUGGACCAGAUCCUGGACGGUCCUUUCCCACUCCUCCUGUUCUCCAAGGCCCACAAGCCAACCCAGACUAUUCUGACAGUGAACAGGACGCUGUUGCAUCUGACCUCAGUGAUUUCAUUCAGGUGGAGGGCUCCUCAUUUUGCAGUGAGAGUGAUUUUGAUCAUUGCUCACUAACCUCCUCUGAGAGCCUAUACGGCUCUUCCACCCUCCACCACCACCACCACCACCUCCGUCAUCACCACCACCAUCACCACCAUCAUCCUGGUCACCAGAGUCUCGGUCAGAGUCAAGGCUACCAACACCGCCACCUCAUCAGCACCUGCAAAGGCCGUUGCCCAGCGUCAUAUACCCGUUUCACAACCAUGCUUCGCCAUGAGCGGGAACGAGCGCGACAGGAGCACCAGAGACCUUCACAGCAGAACCGCAGCAGCCAUUCCCAAAACCAGAGCUCACAAUCCCAGCAGUCGAUGUCCAAGCUGGCCUUCCUGGUCAGUCCAGUGCCUUUCCGCAGAAAAAAGGGCUCACCACCUACCUCUAGAAGAUGCAGUGGGGGCGGAGGUCGAGGUAGCAGACCCAAAUCUAAACAGGCCAUUUAUGAAGCGCUAGAUGCAGCCUUGAGAGACAUAUACGAGCACAUUCAAGCAGAGAGAGGCCACAGAAAUCCUCGGGCACCUGAUGAUAGCAUCCUGAGAAGAAUUUUGGCCGAACUGUUGCCAAAUGUGCCGGAACGCAGCUCCUCAUUGCGGGGGAGGAGGGCGUGUUGGCACGGCGGUCACUCCUCUUCAUCGUUGUACCCAGAUGGAAGCCCCACUGGGUAUUCCUCAUUUAGAGGAGAGCCCUCGACACCACGGUUACAGUCACCGCGGCUACAGUCACCAAUCAGUGCCUGUUACGGACGACAGAUGGAGACCUCAAACAGCAAUGAAUAUGGAGAGGAGCAGGGCAAUGGAAAUGGUCUCUGUUACUCAGACCAGGAUGUCUCCAGGAGUUCCACCAUGGAUGGACGCCACACACCCCAGAGCAGAAGACCCACUCCUGACAGAGAGGUCUCCCAUAAACAGAUGACACAACUUAUUCUGUUCUCUCUCCUCCAUCAGAAACAGCCUGCGAGAGCCAUUUAUGAUUUUAAGGCACAAACAAGCAAGGAGCUGACAUUUAAAAAGGGUGAUACAAUCAACAUCAUCAGGCAGAUAGAUAACAACUGGUAUGAAGGGGAGCACCGUGGGCGGGUGGGAAUAUUCCCUAUAGCAUACGUAGAGAAGAUGCCAUCUUCAGAGAAGCAGCAGCCAAUCCGUCCUCCUCCUCCCGCACAUGUCAGAGAGAUUGGAGAGGCAGUGGCCCGCUACAACUUCAAUGCUGAUACUAAUGUGGAGCUGUCACUAAGAAAGGGUGAGAGAGUGAUUGUGUUAAGGCAGGUGGAUCAGAACUGGUAUGAGGGGAAGAUCCCAGACACAACCAAACAGGGGAUCUUUCCCGUGUCCUACGUUGACAUUGUCAAGCGUUCUCCGUCCAAGAGCUCCGCCCAUCACAUAGAUCCACAUGGUUACCCCGGCAACAGGACACCAAGCUCCACACCCGUCAAGCCUUUCUAUCCACCUCCACCAUCCACCACCCACAAACUCCCCUUCUCUCACCCCUCUUUGAGAAGCCUUGACCUGCAAGCUAUCACCACAGAGUGGCUGUCCCUCACAAUGGACCCAUCACCAUCCACUCAAGCUCGGUCCCUCACAACCACCCCUUUGCCACCCACGCCACCCCCUCUCCCCUCUGACCUUGCACUUUUCCUAAAGGCUCAAGAGCCCAAAGCACUCUCACCUGCACCACCACAAAAAGGUUUCACCUCGCCACCUGCAGCAUCCACAACCUGCAAGACAUUUUCUAGAACUCCCACUUUUAAAGAGGCUAGCCUUAGUUUAGGUCACACCACAACUGUCUCACCUUUCUCCCCACCUACUCCACCUCCUCCUCCUCCUGCCCUCGAUUCCUCAAUCCCCUCUCCACUGCCUAACUCUUCAUUUCAAUAUAAUGGUGACAGGGGACUACAUAUCACUGAAGGAGACACAAACUUAUGUAUUACUAUGCCAGAAGUUUUGUCCUGUGCUGUGUCAGAGCCAAUAAAGUCACCCUCACAACCUGCACAACAGCAUAAGUCCACAGUAAGAGUAAACAAAAUCAGGAAAACUACUGACCCCAAACCACAAGCAGACCCUUAUGAUGAGCUGUUGUGCAUGAUUCUGGAUGGUUCCAGCAGCACAGAUGAUGGUGACAUUUUGAGAUUAUCUCCAGUCGAUUCCUCACCAACCAAGCUGACCAAAGAAUCUCAAAGCAGGCUCUUCCCGUUAAAAGCUGAAGAAUCACAUCAGCCAGACACGAAACCCCCAGCGGUCGCCCCAGCGAGCAAUUCGACGGGCAGCGUUCGGUUGGCGGUGCAGCUUCACAAGCCUGUAACAGUAGAGCCCCUUUCUGUUUUGUGGGGAGAGCAGCGAAGAACUCUGAAUGAGCAACCUUUUGACUCUCACAGACCACUGUCAGUUAAAGGAAAGGAAUACAUGGAGUUGUUCAUUGAGGAAGACGACGAAGCUAGAAAUGACAAAGAGCAGGAUGUUAGAGUUUUAAAUCAGAUGCACAGUCCACAGGCUGACAUCUCACCAUCUACUCAGUUUCCACACACUGGUCUCUCCUCCCCCUCCGUACCACCACCACCUCUGACCUCUGUGCUUCUCACUUCUUUUUCUUCUGCUUGCCCUUCAUCUUCUUUCUUCCACACGCAACAGCAUGAUCAUAGCAUCGUCCCUCCCUGUCACCGUGCCUCCCCUCGCCCCCCAUCCCUUCCUCAGCUCACAACAUCACCACUACCUCCAGUUUCUCCCUCUGUCUCACCACCUUCCUUCCACAUCUCUCUAGAAAAUCCCUCUCAACGGUCUGUCUCUCACCCCUCAAGCUCUCCCUUUCUUUCUAGUCCCAUCACAUCAUGCCCCAUCUCAGAGUCAAAUUUUCCACUUCCCAUCCCUUGUCCCGCUAACAUUGCCCCUCCGCCCGCCACUCAACGCUCUCCCCCCACUGCCCCAACUGUAGCCCAUCAAGGACGUAGGUCUCCUAAGGUGAAGCAGGAUCCAAUUGUUGGUGGUAAACCUCCUCGUAGCCCCAUCUUGUCCCGGAGGUCCUAUCUGUCACCCGUUAGAGGUCGAAGGCGGUUAGUACAGGAUGCACUCCAUGGUGGAGGAGACCCGUACCAGGCCCUGUACAACUACGUGCCUCGCAAUGAGGACGAGCUGGAGCUGAGGGAGGGAGACAUUGUUGACGUGAUGGAGAAGUGCGAUGAUGGCUGGUUUGUUGGGACCUCUCGAAGGAGCAAGUUGUUUGGAACCUUCCCAGGAAACUACGUGAAGCAGCUAUAAUGAUUCCAGACUCCCGCUGACCCCGCCCCUCUCUACGACACGUUCAUCGCCCCUCAGCACAGCGCCCACAGGACGUCAACAAAGACCUGCAGCACAUGUUUGUGUUUGCAUGUAUGUGUGGCUCGUCAGCUUCACACACACAGGAUACUUAGCUCUCACUAGCCAUCUUUAAUGGAAGACUUCUAUAAAGUAAAAACGUGUUUUUAAACUUAUCUUUUUACCCUUAUUUUUCUAUUAUGGAGAACCGAAGAUUUGUGCUGCACCCAGUGACCUUUGACUUUUGACAAUAAUGGAAGGAUAUCAAAGGACUGCAGUGAUGCUUUCCUCUCUAUUUCAGUUGUUUAAGGGCAGUAAGUUCACCAAGAUCACCUUUUUUUUGUUUGUUUUUUUCUGCAGUAACUCAAAAUUUAAAACCCUCACAGUUAACUUCAGUGUUCAUUUCCAAAUGUCUCCACAGAGGUUUAGUGCAGAGAGUAUUGUAUGAAAGCAGUAUUGUGUCAGCAGGCUGGCUGUGUUUUGCAAAUUGGAGCCAACAUGUUGUAUCAUCAUGCAGGUAAAAGCAUGUGUCAGCAAAGGUUUUCAUUGGUUCAUAAGUUUUUGGGAUAUUAUUAAUCAAAAUGAACUAUAAGUUUAAAUAUUAGGUACAUGAAGAAAAAAACCACUAUCACUGACUUACUUUCUAAACAUAUAGCUCAAGAUUAGGAAACACGGUGUUGCUGUUCAGUUAUUUUCACUUAUUUUAGAAUUGAUGCACUUUAACUGAACUUGGUUUAUUUUUUAAUGUCACUUGGGAUAUUUCACAGCAGAGCUCAUUCUGCCUGCUCUGGGCUUCAGGGGGGGGCUUCAUGUGUUGAAAGUGUAUGCAGAAAAGUUACUGACCUUUUUAGGUAUUAUAUUUAUUAGAAGGUCACACUGUGUUAUACAAUGAUUUUUUGUUUGUUUUGUUUUAGAAAGAAUGGAGCACCACGUUGCUUUUUUUUAAAGCAUAUUUUAACAGUAUCUAACUCACAUUUGAAUGAUUAUUUUAUGGUCAUCAUUAAUAAUUGUCCAGAUGGGUUCUGAGUGAUUGCAAAAAAAAAAAAAAAAAACAUGAUGGUUAAUGAGCUAUAAAGAAUUUAUUUAAGUCAGAUACAGGAUGAGACUUCUGAAAAUCUUCAAUCACAGAACUGCUGUCGCAUCUUUUAUAGCGGUUGUCAGAGUGAGUGGGUAGUGUGUCAUUACUUGUGUGUUUACUGUUUGGACUAAUUGGCAAUUCCCAUUUUAACGUGUCAUUCUCAGUAAAUGUGAUCUGUGUUUUUUUUUUUUGUUUGUUUUCUCAUUUUGUGUUUCACAAAGGAUGGACACUGACAACAAAAUGAUGUUAAAGCACCUUAAAAUAUUUUAUCAUUCACUGUCCUUCACGGCACCCUCCAUCAUUCACCAUUUCAGUUGGCGUGACUACACUGUGUGUGUGUGUGUGUGUGUGUGCGAGCGUGUCGUGUUUUUGUAAGCCUUUUUUUGUAUGAGAGCUGUAAAAUGGCCAACAUUCACUUGCUUUAUAAAGUCGGCUUUUCCUCAUCCACCA